CGCAAGGGUUUUUUCUUCUUCAUCGCGACCCAUCUAUCAGAGGAGUGGAAGCGGCCGCCGAUCCCCUCUACCUCUCUCCCUUGCCACACUCGAAUUCCCUUGGAUCGUAGAUUCACCAGAAAGUAGCAAUGGGAAAGGCGAAGGUUCACAUUAACAUUGUGAUCAUUGGCCAUGUCGAUUCUGGGAAAUCAACUACAACUGGACACCUUAUCUACAAGCUUGGUGGUAUUGACAAGCGUGUGAUCGAGAGGUUUGAGAAAGAAGCUGCUGAGAUGAACAAAAGGUCUUUCAAGUAUGCCUGGGUGCUUGACAAGUUGAAAGCCGAGCGUGAGCGUGGUAUCACCAUCGAUAUUGCUCUCUGGAAGUUCGAGACCACAAAAUACUACUGCACUGUGAUUGAUGCUCCUGGCCAUCGUGAUUUCAUUAAGAACAUGAUAACGGGAACUUCUCAGGCUGACUGUGCUGUCCUCAUUAUUGAUUCCACCACUGGUGGUUUUGAAGCAGGAAUUUCAAAGGAUGGCCAGACUCGUGAGCAUGCUCUUCUUGCCUUCACUCUUGGAGUCAGGCAGAUGAUCUGUUGCUGUAACAAGAUGGAUGCCACGACACCCAAAUACUCAAAAGCAAGGUAUGAUGAGAUUGUGAAGGAGGUCUCGUCUUAUCUGAAGAAGGUUGGUUACAAUCCCGAUAAGAUCCCCUUCGUGCCAAUCUCUGGUUUUGAAGGAGAUAACAUGAUCGAGAGGUCCACCAACCUUGACUGGUACAAGGGCCCCACUCUCCUGGAAGCACUUGAUAUGAUCCAGGAGCCCAAGCGUCCAUCAGACAAGCCCCUCCGUCUUCCGCUGCAGGAUGUCUACAAGAUUGGAGGCAUUGGCACUGUCCCUGUUGGUCGUGUGGAGACCGGAAUCCUUAGGCCUGGUAUGGUUGUGACUUUUGGACCCUCAGGACUGACAACUGAAGUAAAAUCUGUGGAGAUGCAUCAUGAGGCUCUCCAGGAGGCUCUUCCUGGAGACAAUGUUGGCUUCAACGUUAAGAAUGUUGCUGUCAAGGAUCUGAAGCGUGGUUAUGUUGCUUCAAACUCCAAGGAUGACCCAGCAAAGGAGGCUGCUAGCUUCACCUCUCAGGUCAUUAUCAUGAACCACCCAGGCCAGAUUGGUAAUGGUUAUGCCCCAGUUUUAGACUGUCACACUUCUCACAUCGCUGUCAAGUUUUCGGAGCUUUUGAGCAAGAUUGAUCGUCGGUCUGGUAAGGAGCUGGAAAAGGAGCCCAAAUUCUUGAAGAAUGGAGAUGCAGGGUUUGUUAAGAUGAUUCCCACCAAGCCAAUGGUGGUGGAGACCUUCUCUGAGUACUCUCCUCUGGGUAGGUUUGCUGUCAGAGACAUGAGGCAGACGGUCGCUGUGGGUGUCAUCAAGAGUGUGGAGAAAAAGGAUCCUACUGGAGCCAAGAUAACCAAAGCGGCACAAAAGAAGAAAUGAACCGAGGAGUUCUCCGAAUUGUUGUGGGUUGGAGUCCGUAGCAGUUGUAGCGUGGUAUGCCCUUGCCGUCACAUUUCCACAGUAUCUGGAGUCUGGAUGCAGAAUUGGGUGCUUGACCGGCGGUGGCAGUGUUUCAGGUUAAUUUUCUUCUACUAUUUAAGUUAAAACUGUCGAGGGUGUUAAUUUUUUCUUUUUAAAUGCUACUUUGAGUUGGUGUUUUGCGUGUAGGGCUGGGAUGUUUGCUGCCAUUUGACGCACCCGUUGUUAUUUUGGAUGCUUUUUAGUAUUAAAAUAAAGUAGUAUUUUGGACUA